AUCCGAGACCGAAGCAUCGGCUUCGGCUCACUCCUGUGGCAUGAUUAGAUCGACGUGAGGGCUUACAACAUCUCGGCUGUCUUAUCUCAGACACCUCAUCGAUCCGAGUGACAGAUCCAAUACUGCAUUGUUCAGAAACCGAAAUGAGCACUGCAAGCACACCAGUAUUGCGGCGGCUCAAUGGCCGUCUCCAAGCCUGUGAUCCUUGCCGAAGCCGAAAGGUGGCUUGCGACCAUACACGGCCAGUGUGUUUGAGGUGCAGGAAAAGGAAGCAAGACAGGCUUUGUAUCUACACAGUUUCCUCGACUACAGUUGAGGCGACAGCGCAGAACUUGGCUUCGGCUCCAUUGACCUCGACAUCAAUAGAUGGCCAAGAUACCAGCAUAGCCAAAAAUGGCCCGAACUUGCCCAGCCCAAGCACAGAUAGAUCACCGUUCACAAACAGUCCCGUGAGCACUCGGAACCAUGUUUCGCGCGCAAGUGGCUACCUUGGUUACACCAGCUAUUGUACGGUAAUCGAAGAGACGCUAAGCAUUUUGAAUGGACACCCGGAAGAUGUCCCUCCAAGUCCAUGCAUAGAUGACUGCCCAGUCCACGUAUCUCCGAAGACUCUCACGCUUGCUGUGACUAUACUACGACAUGUUCCAUCGGUUGAAGAUGGAGAGCGCCUAUUUCGCAAGGAUUCCACACUCUAUGACCAAUGGCUCCGUCUCAUCGCCUGGCGCUUCUUGAUAUCGCUCUAUAGUGAAUGGGGCAGCUACCUUGGACACAAUCGCUCAGUACCGAGACUGGAGGAGAUGGCCCGCAAGAUAUGUAUUAAUACCACUAAAGCCGUAAACAAGGUCGAUGGGCCUGCCUGGUUGGAUCAGUUUAGCGGCCCGGACCUAAGAUGGGAAUCUAUAGGCUUGAUCUUUAACUAUUUCGAUCUCGUCGACAAUCCGGGAAUGCCCGAGACUCUAGAUGGUCGUAUACCUCAGAGUAAAUAUGCGCCUACUACACAAGAGGCCAUUAUUUUAUGCCACGAAUUGGCACAGGAAUUUUCUGACGGAAAUCCCUUCAUAGUUUACUUGAGCUUCAGGAAAACUAUACUUGAAUCACUCAUAUCUGGGGAUGCCAGUCGUCAAACAUGGAGGUAUCUUGCGGACACUGUUGCUUGCCUCACGUUCCUGGGCAUGCAUGCAGAAGCACCGGAUGAGAACUAUCAACCGACAUUGUAUUCGGAGGUUAGCCGCCGAAUACUGUUGCCAAUCUUUACCGUAGACAAGGUCCAGCUUGCUUUUACGGGGCGACCACCGCUAUUAUUUCGGAAGUUCAUUACAACGCCAAUGCCUCUGGAUCUCGAAGAUGAGUUUCUUUUCUUAGAUCAAGAAUCACUCCUUGAAAAGGUUCGUACCACUAUAGACGAAAAAGGGUGGGAUAAAGGAGGCGGAUCUCAUUCCAGCACUUACACUCGAGCUCGCUACAUGAUGGCGGAGAUAAGGGAGCAAAUCGCUGAGAUAGCACUGGGCAACGAAUAUUGUGCCACAGUGGACGACCUCCUCCAAAUCAAAGAGAGACAAACUGCAGCAGAGUCAGAGUUUCCUCGUGUCUUGCUUUGGUGUCAAGAAGACAUCAUGAACUACGAUGUGACGCCGAACACAUUAUUCUCACGUCUGCUCUUGAAACUUGAUGCCUUGCAGAAUGACUUCUUCUUGUAUCGCCUGUUGAUUCGCAAAGGUCGGCCUGAUGAGGGCAGCUUGUUGGCGACGAGCUUUGAGAUGGUGACUUUGGUGUUGAACCUUUGGACACAUAUGGACCGAUUCACAAGAAUGCGACCGGACUUUGAGUGGCUUGUCAUUGGCUAUGGUGCAUCACCAGGCGGCAUCCUUUGCAAGUGCCUGUUAAAGGCAAAGUCAAGCCAAAUCCACCCAAAUGAGCCGGCCAUUACGCGUUCCACAGUGAUCCAGAAACUUUCCCUACUGGUCGGGUUUCUAGACUGGGUGAAUCCCGCGGCACCCAACUCAGAACUAUGCAAGGACGCAAUGUCUGUGAUCCAACGUGUACUUGACCAGGCUCUAAACAAUCCACUUGGCGAAUCAAGCCCUUUUCAGGAUGGUAUCGAUUGGGAUUUCUCAGGACAGUUGGAUUGGAACUUUGACUUGAUGGACACAUUUGAUUGGAUGAGGUCUGACUGAACCGGAGUGUCCGGGAAUAUCACAGCAAGCCUCUUAUGAUCGAGAUAGCCCCCCACAAUUCCAACGAGCUAUCUAUAGCUAUAAUGCCCUAAUCAUGCCUCCUACUUGAU